ACUACCAGUGCCACAAACAAGCUGACCAGUGACUUUGUGUUCCUUGGUUCCUGCAGCCUGGUAGCCACGGCUGGCCAUAGCUCCGAGAGAGCAAGAACGUUGCCAUGUGGGACACACUGUUGCCACAGAAGAAGGCUCUCAUCGCAGCGUUUCAGUGCCAUGAACAGGGAGCGUCCAGUAUCGUGUUUGCUCCACAAACAUCAGCUGUUGAUCUCUGCUGGCAAGAAGGGAGACGUUUGUAUACUGGACGUGCGGCAGCGCACCAUCCGCCAUCGCUUCAUCGCUCACGAGUCUCCAGUCAAGUGUUUGGCCAUCGACCCAGCGGAAGAGUUUUUUGUUACUGGUGCUGCCGACGGAGAUAUCAAAGUCUGGGGCCUGACGAUACAUCAGUUACUCUACUCGUUCCCAGGCGAGCACGGCGCGAAUCAUCGUUCUUCAAGCACAUCGGUCAGGGAGUAACCCAGCUCCAUGUAGAUGGCGCGGCACGUCUCUUCUCCUGCGGUGCAGACGGCUCCAUGAAGGUGCGCCAACUGCCGGAAAGGGAGCUCACAGUCCACCUCGCUUUGUACUAGGUAACUACAUCACUAACGUAACAGAGUUUGGAGAUGAACGUAGAGAAUUGUGUGUGUCAUGUCAUCAAUGUUAUUUGUAAGUAGAGAAUUCUAAAAUAUUUCAGGAUGAGACAACAUCCAAUAUAAUGGAAGUUUCGUGUGAAGUUCAAGAAAUCAAAUAAAUUGAUAACAACUGAGUAUCAAAAGGACUGACAGUACAAACAGACAGACGGACAGACUGCCCUUUUCCUUUUUGAUCCCAAAAUCAACAGGGUUCUUCCUUGAACCGUGAGGAACCUAUGUACCAAGUUGAAAUCUCAAGGACCUUUCUAUUAAGAGUUAUCCCACAGACAGACAAACUGUUCUUAAAACUUUUGACCCCAAAAUCAAUAGUGAUCCUACACUCGAGAGUUAUCACACUGAUGGACAAACAAUGAUAAGAUUUCAUGUAGAACUCUCGCCCAGUUCCUAAUAAGGUGAAUAAUGACUCUCUCAUUACCUUAAAAUUUUUAUUUUGUAUUUUUUUUGGAUUUCGGUUUUGAACAUAGGACUCCCAUGUAGGACUAAUUUACUGUUAUAUGGUUCUGAAUCCAUGCAAUUUUAUAUAUUGACUGGAAGUAGUUUGGAUUCAAGAAUGAGCGGUUGACUGCACUUGCCUUACUUUCUGUCCACUACAGGAAAAUAUCAGUUUCUCCAGAGCAAGUACUAGAUACCAUGGUCCAGGAGUCUAGAAGAAUUUUACUUUUAUAAAAACCUUUUUAGAAACUAUCAUUUCUCAGUGUGGAUUUGUACACUAUGCACUGUGUUUUUUCAGAGAGUAAAGGCAUCUUUUUUGUAAUUCAUUACUACAUAAGUCUAAUCAGUUUAAAUUAUUAAUGCUACACAGCCUAUUGAAGCAGUGCCUCCUCAAUUAUGAAUAUCAGUCAUCAAUACAACACUCAAAGACGUAAACGCUGUGUGCAAAAUUCACUAUUUUGCUUCUUAAAUUGGAAAGUUUCAAAAAUUUGAAUAAUUCAGGGGGGCCCCCCAAUUUUGUGUUCACCCCUCGGGAGAGGGGAAUCCCCCCCAAAUCUUUUCCUGGUUACGUCUAUGCAUCACGAUAUUGGUUGAUUACCUUAAGUAAUUGUACACAAUAAAGAUUUGCUGCUUGACAUUGUUAAAUUACAAAAUAUAGAACUUAAAAAUUUAUUUUAUUAAUACACAAAAUCAUACACAUUGACUUUUUGGGAUCAAGAAUAUUAAAUAGCAAAAAUGAGUUGAAUAAGUUGUGGUUUUCACUUUUGUGCAACUGUAUUUACGAUGUUUGUGUGUUUCCAGAUUUAAAGUGAGGCAGCAUAUUUUGACGUUCAACGAAACCCAAUGGUGCGCUGUCUCUCGCCUUCACUGUAGAUUAAGUAGCCGGGGCUCGGCUCCCGCGAUAUUUAUUAUUGUUGAAAUAUAUAAUAUAAUAUAUGGUGUCAAAUAUGUAAAAUUCAGGGCUGACUUCGGGGCCCCACAUAGUUCAAUUGUAUUAUUUUGUAUCUAUGUAGCAUUAUACUUAGUUUUAGCUGUCGUUAAAAAGGAAAAAGUCAUGUAGUGUUUAAGUUAUACCGUUUGUUAUCGUUUGAUCAGCUGUUUUAUUUUAAAAGCAGAACGUCGGAGCGUGUAAGUCGAGUUAUGAUAAUUUAUUAAAAUAGGUUGGCUGUGAGAGAAUUCCAUUUUACUUUAAUUGAUUCUGUUGUGGCGAAUGUUUGAUGGUGAAGCUGUUUAAAAUUGUUGACAGUUUUCGUUGUCAAAUCUAUAUUAUAUAAUGGAGGUUUGUGGAGGUGAGAAGCUUGAGUCGAGUGUCUCCGCUCUGUUCUGUUCUGUUCUUGCAUUCAGAGUGAAUGUGGAUUCCAGUGGUGGACAAAAGUCACUGUAAAUGCUGAUAAUAUUUAUUUUCUUGAAACAGUAUACUAUUGUUAAAGCUAUUAGUGAUAUUUUAAAUUUAUUUAAGGCCUACUAAUAAAAAGUAUUGAGAAAAUCAUCGUUUAUCUGAGUGUUUUAUUGUUUUCGUCCCGAGUUACAUGUGGAUCAUGGAGAAGCAAUAAUUUUAAGGCAUUUAAAACAGAUUUUGAACAGUGUACACUCACUGUAAUAUGUAACACUAAACUUCCUGGAAUGUACAGGAGCAGCCGAAACCCAGAAUGUACUACUGCACUCUAUUAUCUAUAUUCUUGUAAUAUAUUUGGCAUUUGCUAGUCGACCCCUGUUCCCUACAAAGCGCCAAUAUUACAGAGAAAUUCAGUUUCUAGCUAUCUCUUAUGAUUUAACAGCAUUACCGUAACAGAAAUCUGCUCUUUAUAAUGUUCUCUGUAAGGUUGGUAUCGGUGUACAUGUUGCUUGAGCACUAUACUCCCGCGCCGCGUGUCGGGGUCUCCAGACAAUACCGUUGUUAUCUUAGCUUCUAGUAUGCAUGCGUGUGCACUUGUUACAUUAGUCACAUCCUCCCACUCCACACAUGUCACGUUGAUGUCGAUGUUAGACGUAAGUUGACCAAGACGCAUCACCGCGUCUGACCACUGUACGUACGCAGACUGUACUGAGUUCCGAUCCUGCAUUCCUAAUUAUCACAGUCAAGAAUUUGUCCACUAAUAUCUUUUAACAGUUUUCUUCCGUCCACUACUGUUUGUAGAGUUAAGUAAAAUUAUGAUUUUUGGUUGCAUUAUUAAAAAUGUCAAACAUUUCAGAUCUUUGAGUAGAAGCCCAGUUUGAUUUUUUUUUUGUGCGUGAAAAAUGUCACGUAAUCAGCAUUUUCCAGUUCACCCUUGCAGUAUCUGGACCAGUCAGUUAGGUUUUGUUCCUGUCAACACAGACGAGGUGAUGUGUUAGGACUGGUUUGAGUGCCCUUAUAAUCAUUCAAGGACUGGCCCUUUCUUUCUUGUCCCCUCUGUGUUUUAUUCCUCAAGGAAUUCCAACCUCCUAUAAGAAUCGCACCGGGUUUUCAUUCAGGGCCAUACUCAGCUUUGGCAGGCCCGGAAGGUAUUUGGUGGGGCCUGACACGUCCCGCCACCGCACCCAAGUAAUCCCAUUGACGACAUCUUAUUAUUUUUUUAAUGAUAGUAAUAUUCAGUAGCAAGUUACAAUUAUUAGAUUGACCUAACUAGUCCGUUGACACGGUCCUCUUCAAAUAGACGUGUGGCGGGGCCCGCCUCGGUCCCCAUAAAAAUGUCCGACAAAACUGGUCUGAGUAUGGGCCUGGUUUCAUUACAACUUCUGAAAUUCUAUGCAAGAAAAUAAUUAUAAGAUUUUUUGUGAAAGGGGAGUUUCUAUUUAUUCCCUCGUGUGGUCCUCCGUUAAGUUUUAAACACAUUAAAAAUGUUGGCAGUGAUAAUUGAGACAAUUUAUCAUGUACGGAGCAUUCAAGAGAUGGCUGAAUUUAUCUUCUUAAACUCAUUUGAUAAUGCAAAAGUAAAAAUAUCUAUGCUACGUAUUUAAAAUAUUUAUUAAACAUUCAUCUUGUAUCAUUUUUAUUUUUGAUUUUGUUAAACUUAAACUUUAUAAAAAAAUUAAUUUUAUAAAUUAUAAUGUGCACUUUCUUAUUGGAGAGUUUGGAAUUUAACAAAGUACUUCCCUAAAGGAAUGAUGUUAAUAUGUUUAAUACUGUGAAAUGCCUUGUUUCCCAUUUAUAUAACUUUAUUAGGCUCAAAACCAAGUAUAAAAUAAUAUUUAAUUAAAUAUUGCUGUUCUACUUUUAUAUUACAACAAUUAGUACUUACUUUUUUAUUUUGUUAGGUUAUUAAUAAAUGUUUUUGGAAUAUUAAGUUAAAAGAUUGCAUGAAUUUUUUACGUUUCAACGUUUUGUAGUUUCAAAAAGCAUUUGUGUUAUUUGUUAUUCGGUUUGAAAGAAUUAAGUUUUCAUAGUAGAGAAUUUAAUCUUUAACGGAAUUCAUAUAUAAUGGUUUUAAUUCAAGAGUUGUGUAGUUAUCAAUUUGUUUAAAAAAUGUCCUAAGUGGUAAUUUUCAUUGCAAUAAAAAUUGCUAUUUGUAGUAUUCACAGUCUGAUUUAAUAGCUUGGGUUUUGCCAUUGAUAAUUUUUUCACCAGUUUGUAUGUUGGUCACUGUUUGUUUUGAUAAUUCACUUGUCAUGCAAAGUGCUCAAACGUGUUAACACUCAUAAUUAUUAUUAUAUUUAUAGAAUUUAUAGGCGAGUCAAGUUAAUUAGUUGCUAUAAGUAUUGAAAUUGUAUUGUUAAUUUAAUAAGUUAGUCUUAGUUGGAUAAGCUUGUUCUAGUUUUGUUACCAUCAGAUGAAAUAGUCAAAGUUGAGCACUCCAUCAUUCCUUCUAGGCUAAGUCUCAAGACACAGGACUGUUAGGGAUGGUUAGAGUUAACACUUACUGUAACUGCUUAUUGUUUAUGUAAAUAAUGUUGAACUGUGUAUAUGGUGAUGUCAAUAAAUACUGUAUGGACAGUGUUACCGUUGA